UAUGAAUCAAAUUUAAUGCGCCUUCAGCGGCAGCAAGCUGUUGUAGCUGCUGGCGCUGCAUAUGCUAAUUUACGUCGAAACGGUUGUGGUUCCGCUUUGCUACCCCCAAAUACUGCGCUCUCAUCGCUGGCACGAGCGGUCGAAACUUUUCCACCAAAAGGUCCGGAACCACACGUAACGAUGUCAAUGGAAGAAUAUCAAGCGCUAGUAAAAGCAGCAAAAGCGGGCAGUGCGCUAAUGCCUCCAGGUCCAUCGUCAAGCACUUCGGAUCCGUGCUCUUCGCAAUCCGUUCCCGGUUUCGACGACAUCAAACGAAAUGUCUACUCACCGACUGAACAGGAAGCGAUGAUGAAUAUUGGUAAUAGUCAUGGAAUCAUACGGCCCUCGCUAAUUCAGGGCACGCAUCUGAUCGGUAAACUUUCAGCAAUAACGGAUUACAUGGAGCUGAGUGUAGCAGCAGCGAAUAUGCCACGUCCGCCCUACAAACUGACGCCGGAUAUGGAAAAAAAAGUGAAGUACAUCCACGACACAAUACAUGAUGAACUGAAUACAAAUUCGCCUAAACUUGGCACUGAACGUGAAGCGCUAAAGGUAAUCUUCUUCCAUAUGCUUAAAUAUCGUAUGUUCGUCUUAGGCGUAGUCUCCGAGUCAUUUACUGUAAUUUCGGCCAUUUCAUCAGGAAGAACUGUCCAAGAAAACUCCUUCGGAAGAGAGGCUUGGCUUGUAGCUGAAGUUCGGCAAAAAGCCACUUACUGAAG